CUGGUUGUCAAGUCAACGUUGACAACAAAAAUAUUGUUUUUUUUCCUCAAUUUUAUACUUUUCUUACUUUAAAAAGCUCUUCACUACUUUAUACAAUUAUAUUUGCCCCUAUACUAUACUUGCGGUAGUGAUCUAUCGUCGUACAAGAAAAUCUGUUGCCAUAAAAUAUAUCCGCUUUAAAUUUUUCAAGAACAGAUUUGUAUUAUCUUUGAAAAAUGCAAUGUUCUGUUGGAAUUAAGACUGAAUUCAAGAAAAUCAACACGCUCUGUUAUGCUUGCUUAGCGUCUGAUAGGAUUCUUGAACCUUUAGGUGCGUUUACUGGAGUUUAUCGGAACAUAUGUAACAGUUGGGAUUCGGGGACAUAUUUAGAUGUGCUUGUCUGCUGGGAGUGCAAAAGUCUACUGAAACGUGUCAAACAAUUUACUGAAAAAGCUGAUCAGUCACAGAACAUACUAUAUUCCUAUAUACCUGGUGCUGAUGAGAAACCGCCCAAAUGUCUAUCAAAGUUGUCAACGUCAAAAACACUGACAUUCGACUCCCUGCAACCAAUAGAAACUGAGCCAGAGACGGUAGAUAACGUACAACCACCGGAGAUAAAAGAAGAAAUCGAGGACAUACCGGACAACACAUCCGAUGUCAUAAAAGACUUUGAGUACGAACUGUUAGAUGAAGUCAAAGAGGAGAACUUAUCAAACACGUUACUAAACGAACUAAAGAGCAUCAAAAAAGAAAAAAAACACAGGUCUAAACAUUUUACAAUUAUCCCUCUGCCCGAUGUGAAAGAAAUGGUGAAACAAGUGAAAAUCAAUCCGUCUGAGAUAGAUUAUUGGAGGGACAAAGAGAGAAGUAGCACGUACUUUCAAAGUUUGCCAUCUAGAUGUGAAUUGUGCAUAAUGCAGAUACCGAAAAAUCACACUAUUCAACGUCAUAUGAGCCAUUUUCAUGGGAAGAAUAAGAAAAAAAACCGCUACCCUUGCAACAUCUGUGAACGGGUACUCUCGACCAAAUUCAAGCUGGGGAGGCAUAUAGCUGCUCACAGCAUAAUUCUGGAGUGCACCGCGUGUGGAUACCAGUGUUGCGGCAAACAGCACAUGAGGUGCCACAUUGGCAAGCACAAGAGGACCGAGCAGUGUGCCUACUGCUCCACCAGAUAUGAAAAUGUGAGAGAAUUCUACAAUCACUACAGAGAGGUGCAUUGCAAGUUUAUAUGCGAUUACUGUAACAAGAAAUGCGUCACCAAACGGGUUAUAGAAAAGCAUAUUAUGAGGCACCACACGGAAAUGCAAUGCAAGAUAUGCGAUAAAACCUUUGCCUCUUACACCAACUUGCUAAACCAUAACCAAUUAAAACACGAGAGCAACCCAACAGAGGCUUCAUUCUGUGUUGCGUGUAACAUCCAGUUUGAAAAUGUAGCUAUCUUUAAGCGGCACCUCUAUACCAGCGUCGCGCACGCCAAGGAAAGGGCUCAGACCACGAGUGUCAAGAGAAAAUUUGUGUGUCCGAAGUGCCCUAACGCGUAUGCGAGCAAAUACAGCAUGGUGAAUCAUUAUUCCAUGGUGCAUAGCGACCAGAAAAACGCGAGGUACUACUGCGCGGACUGUGAUAAGUUCUUCCUAAACAGGACGCGGUUACGUGAUCACCAGAAGUACAGUCACGAGGGGCUCGUGCCGCGUAAGGAUAAACUGUGCAGCUUCUGCGGGCGGGGAUUCUCGACCAAUAGGAUUCUGACCAACCACAUUAGAACACACACGGGCGAGCGCCCGUUCUCAUGCACGCUCUGUGAUGCCAAAUUUACUCAGAAGGUGGCGCUACAGUCCCACAUAAGAUACAUACAUCUGAAAGCUAGUCGGAAAGGCGGAUUCUGAUUUGUAGAACGUUCCAGAACUUGGCGGUUGAAAAUGCCACAUCGAAGCAAUUCAUGUGAACAUAACAUACAUAAACUCACGCCUAUUUCCCACCGGGGUAAGCAGAGACUAUAGAAUUCCAUUUGCUUCGAUCCUGACACACUUCUCUUGCUUCCUCCACAUUCAUCAAUCGCUUCAUACACGCACGCCGGUUCAGAGUAGAUCGUAUUGAACCUUUUCUAAGGACAUCUCCAAUUUGGUCAUCGUAAGUCCUGUGAAAAAAGAAAAAAGCAAUAUUUACAAUUUGACAUUUGCGCAUAUAAAAGUCAGUGCGCACGCAAAGGCUUUUUGGCGGGAAACGGGAACGGGACAGUUGCUUUCUUCAUGAAUAAUCUAAAUAAUUAAUACGAAGUGGUGUUUUGUGGUUAAUGAUCGCAUUAAGUUAGUCGGAAGACAUUCGCGAGUUUUAUUAUAUCGGAGUAUUCAAUAAACAAAGUGUAUCUGCCUAUUUUCGCUUCGUGCCAGGAAGCCGCUUCAUAACUCAAAAGUUUAUGCGGACUUUUGAGUUAAUUCGUUUGGGGUUCGGAGUAGGAGUCUGCUCCGAGGGUGGGGGCUUAGGUUUCAUCAUUCAUCGUCAUCACCUUUUAUCAUUUCAUUAAUCAUCAAGAAAAAAAAUACGUAAGACAUGGCUGUAUGGGCAUAGUUCCCUUUGCCUUACCCUUCGGGGAAAACAACAAAAAAAAUGCGCACGCAAAUGUCAAAUAGCAAUAUUACUUUUUAGAUGAAUUGCUUCAAUGUGGCCUUUUUGGCCUGUGUCUCGUAACUUCUCCGACAUCGUCCGACACAUCAUGGAGACGCGUCGAGGACGCCCAGCGGGUGAUGUUAGGGGGGGACUCCUCGAGACUGAAGAUACAGUUUGGUACCAUGUCACAUUAGUGCGACGGAGUCCUAAGUCCUAAAGUGGGUACAUUAUAUUGCUCAUGACAGUACAAGCUUUAGGUCUUUCAAGCUUCAUGUCUCCACCACGCUCGCUGCCGAGCUGGUUGAUGCGGACUUCUGGCCAGAGGGAGUAGACUAAAUCCCAAUUGGGGUAGUCUGCACAUCCAUCGCAAGAUGAACUAAGUACCCACGCCUCACCGAGCUUUCUGUUAGACCAACGUCGUAUAAUAAUUGUAAGGUAUUCUAGUCACCUAAGAAAUAAACGAUAAUUUCACAA